UCUUCUAGCAGGAAGCAGUGAUUGACUACAGGGCCAUAGCUACAGCUCGAGCCAGACACGCACGCUAGCAGUACGAGAAGCACCCAGUGGCCUCGCCUACUUUCGCGUUAGCGAGCUGCGCCGCCUAGAACCAGUGCUAUAGCUUUGCUGGUAUAGUCGUUGCUCAAACUGGCUGCUGGCAACUGCAAAUAGCCUGUCUACUUCCAGUUCAUCCUCAGCAAAAAGCUCCAUAAUCUGUGACCCUAGUAAGCCGUCCAUCCUCAAUGCAGCGUGCAUUGUUAUGCGUUGCUAGCGCACCUGCGCUGUAGUCUAAGAUGGUUAGAUGCGUUGCCUUGGGAACUACGCGAUUUAGUGAGCCUACUUAGACAUGUUCGUUGAGAAUCAUGUGUAGUUUUAUCCUCCCACUAGUUCAUGCGUCAGGGCAAUUAAUUUAUGACAUUAUAAUUCAACCCUUUCCCUUUCUUACCACCACUAAGGCGGAAUGGUGCCAUCAUACACAAUGCACUAGAAUUAAGCAUUUACUGUGUAAUCAAGUCAAUUUGUUUUUCUUACAGCUCCCCUUACACUUUACGCUGCUCCUCCCUGUGUCUCCUCCAAGACAAAAGGUCCCAACAUUACCCAGCCCAUCUAUGCCACAACAACUAGAGAUACUCCCUAUGCCACUGGUGGCAACACAACCAACCCUCCAGACUCUGUCUACUCCCUUGCCGCCAAAUCAGAGUACAUGCGACAUAAUCUCCUGCAUAACACUGUCAGUGAGCCUCCUCCCUCCUCUGAUGAUGUAGCCACUAGGAAAAAAGAGUCAAAUCAAACAUCUGUUAGCAGUGUAGGUGAGGACGUUGCACAAAACAGGUUGUCAGAGAUGGCAUUUUUCUCUCCCCGCCCCGGUGAUGGAUUGAGUUUUCUUGCACCAGGUGAUCCCUUGUCAAAGACUACUACUACUACGUAUGGCGUGACUCCUGGACAUCGGGCUGUUAGUAAGUCAAAGUCAACAACUCUGGCACCUAAUCUCCACCGAGACAUCCCCGACCGUCUGGACUACAGGUCUAAAACCAAUGCUGUUGGUCGCUAUCAGGAUCCUCAAGGAAGAAUAAAGUUCUCAAAUGGUGGCAUGUCAUCUAGUACAUUAGGUCGAGGCAUGCCUGGCACCGCCUUGUCCACUGGAUUGACCCAUAUUCCGGAAUCUUCCUUUGACCCUCUUCCUGCUACACUGGACAGAGAUUCUGCAGCCCGAGAUGAAGGUUAUGGUGUGCUGCACGUUCCUCCACCAAUAGACCGCUCGAAAAAGCCUCCCCAACAUCUCCCACCAGCUAUUGACCGGGGCCUAAAGCCAGGGGAUCAGAGGGUGGACCCUGACUCUUCAGAUAGUGAGGGGAGCCAAGGACCAGAUGAGCUACCACCCUACACAAAGUUGACUGAGGAAGACAGCAGUGUUGGUGGUGGUGGUGCCGGCGAGGAGGUUGGAAAAGAGGAGCACGAAACGCAGUUCAACGUUGCCGAGAUUCCCAGAGUCACUGUUCGCACAACUCACUACACACAGGUACACUUCGACCCAAGCCUGCGUCGCCCAGUCCCUCUUCCUCGUAAGACAGCUAGUCUCCCGUCAAUGGCACCCAAGUCAUCUCAAAGGAUCAACUACACUGAUGUGGACAUAAUGGCCACAACCCAGCUCUCUGAUCAUCUCCAUCGCCAAUUGACUGUUCGUGGGGCAGAGCGGCAGGCGCUCGCAGAGAAACACUAUGUCAAUGUGGACCACUCAGGAUUAGUUGACGAUGAGACUGACCCUGACUAUUACACACAUAUGAGAGAUUUUUGCUCUGAUGAGGCUGACAGGCCAUAUGUUUUCACUCCAAAAUCUGAAGCUGACACAGACAGUUGAACAGUAAUAGUACUGUUUUGUGGUAGGAUAAAGUUUUUUGUAUUGUGUAUUCAGGUCAUAAUUAUUUUUUCAGCAAUAUCAUAACAGACAUGCAUUCUGUAAACAUUUUCAAGUUAUGUACGUCGUGUGUUUUCUGUUGUGAUAAUUUUGUAUGAUCCUUCCCGUGGUCUGUUAUAACCGGCUGCCUUUGCUAAACCAACUGUGUGCUAAGACUCCUAUUUCUU